AACAACAUAAAAUGGAACAUUUAGAUUCACAACACAAGACAUUAAAUAUAAUUCAUGCUCAAAAUGUGCAACUUUAUACCACAACUUUGAAACACAACAAUUAUAUCUCAGUAUUUUCAAGUUCACUCAAAGAAAAGUUAACAGAUGAAGAUCACAAUCAAGCAGACUUAUCUCUUAAGAAAACAGAUCUACAUAUUAGUUUACCAUACCCAAUUUCCUAUCCAUUUUCCUGGGAAAAUAAAAUUGAUCCAUGUUUAGAACUAGUCAGAGAGAAAACUGAAUACAAAAGAAAACUUGAAACUUACAGACACUUCUAUAAAAAGGAUAAGAAACACUGUAAUUGGACAAAUAUCAGGAAACAAAAUAAGGAUAUUGUAAAUUUGCCACAUUAUAUAGCUGAUUUGGCUAUUCAUGGUGACAAAAAUCCAUAUUUUGAUGGACAUUAUGACUGGUUUUAUACAGGAGGCUGUUUAGAGGCUGUAGAAAUACAAAACAAAUCAUUAUUGAUCUAUGCACAGGGAAAUAAUAUUGUUUCUAUGAAUCCAACUCAAUCGACUCAACAAUCACUUGAUUUUGACCUAGAAGCUCCAAUUUAUAACAUUCGCGGAUACAACGUUAGCAAUCAUACAUUCCUAACAGUAAGGAAUAAGAAAAGGAUUGCACUUGUUUACUUAAACAUGAAAUCCUCUAGAUCUUCCGAAAUUUCCACAAAAAUACUCUACCAAGUUAAAACGAAAACAUCUCCAUAUAUUGAUGUUACACUUUUUGACCAAAACAGAUUGAUUAGCGCUAAUGUAUGUUAUGAAGUCGACAUUCAUGAUCUUGAAGCGGAGAAAGUGAGCUACAAACGUAGAUUCAAAGACGAAUCAAAUCAAUCCGGUGAUUUAGCACAAAUAGCAACAGUUUCUAAUUGUUUACUAUUCAUGAGUCGCGCUGAUCUCACCCUGUUAGAUUUUCGAAGUUCUAGUAAAGAAAACGAGAAGAAAAUAGCAUUCAAACAGGGAUGUUUCACAUGUAAUGAAUUAUGCGCGAUUUGUGUCAGUUCCUUGAAUGAAAAUUACAUUUAUAUAGCAUCUAAACACAAUGUCUAUAAAUGUGAUUUACGCGAAAUGAAAGUGGUGAAAAAAUGGACGCAUUUAAUGGAUAAUUCACCAAUUAUUAUCAAAACAAUGCCUGGAAGUAACAACAGAGAAGAAUACGUGUUGGUUUCUAGUUUUAAUGAAACAAUUUGUGUGCAUGUUGCUAGUUACAAUCAUUUACCAUUCAAAAUCCGCGAUAUUUCAACCACUUUCAACAAAUUAAAGUUCGAAGACGAAUUUAUAAUCAAUGAAAAUCUAGAGGCACGGUUUAAAUUGUCAACUGCAGGAUUAGCAACGAAUGAUUCGGUUAUUUACACAACAAAUUCAAUCGGAGAUGUUUUUAAACAUAAUAUAGGCGGUGAUGAGCAAACAGAUAAAGAUGCAGGGUUAAAUUUGAGAGAUUACAUUGGCGAAGUGCCUGCGCCACCUAAAAAGUUACACGUGACACAUUUUAAGGAACAUUCGACGAUUAGGACUGCGAUUCUUAAGAAAAAGACAGACAAGAAUGGUUUGAAAAUGUAUGCAGAACGCAACAGUAAAUUGAAUAAGUUUCUGUCGCCUGGUAAAACAUUCGGAAAGUAUGAUAUGGCUAUGAUUUGGGAAAAUGUACAUGUUCCACCUUUGAAUGAAACUGAUCCUCAAGUAGCACAACAUGAGAGGAUUGGUAAUUGGUUAGCACAGAGUAUUGCUGGAGAAUAUGAGCCAGAAGAACCUACAAUGGAAUUUGAUUAAGUUAAAUGAUACAUUUUGCUGAAAUAAAGACUUUGUCAUUAAUAAAA